AUGAAUCCCAGUAUGAAGCAGAAACAAGAAGAAAUUAAAGAAAAUGUAAAGAAUAGUCCUGUCCCAAGAAGAACUCUGAAGAUGAUUCAGCCUUCUGCAGCUGGAUCUCUUGUUGGAAGAGAAAAUGAGCUGGCCUAGGGUUUAUCAAAAAAGAAACAUUGGAAUGGCCAGAUAACGUCUAAGACUUCCAGCUCUGGAGUUGCUAUUGACCCGGAAUAUAGUGAAAAUAAAAAUAUUGGGUGAGUCACCCAAGAAGCAUUUGAUCUUAUGGUUAAAGAAAAUCCAUCAUCUCAAUAUUGGAAAGAAGUGGCAGAAAGGCGGAGGAAGGCUCUCUGUGAAGCACUUACGGAGAAUGAGAAACUUGAUGAAGAAGUUGAAGGGAAGGACAAUGAAAUUGCCCGCCUGACAAAGGAGAACAAAGACUUGGCAGAAGUAGCACAACACGUACAGUGUAUGGCCCAGGUAGUAGAGAGACUGAGUGGUGAACCUCUGAAAAACCUCGAAUCCCCGGAUAGUCAGGAAUUUGAUUCUGAAGAGGAAGCCGGUGAGGAUUCUGAAGUGGACGACUCAGAAAUUGGCACAUGUGCCGAAAGAACUAUAGCUUCCUCUACGGAUGCAAAACCAUGA